UACCACGCUGCCGCUGUCCUUUCCUACCCGCAGCCUCCCCUCCCACCGCUCCGCCUCCGCGCACCCACCGGCAACCGCCGCACAUGGCGUCCGCGACCGCCGCGCGCCACGUCCACAUCGAGGCCCUGCAGACGGCGCUGCCCACGCGCAAGGUGGAGCCGGGGCGGGCGCGCCCCGUCUCCGUGGCCGCGCCCCCGCUCCCGGCCGCCGCGCUGCAGCGCCGCGCCCGCGUGGUGCUCUACUACCGCGCGGUAGCUGGGGCAGGGGUCCCGUGGGGGCAGGAGGAGGCGCUCCUGGUGAAGGAGUCGCUGAGCGAGGCCGUGGCCGACCACCCAGAGAUGGCCGGCCGGCUCCGGCGCCGCGCCGACGGGUCCUGGGAGGUGAAGCUCAACGACACGGGCGUCAGGCUCGUGCUGGCCACGGUGGAGGCCUCCGUGGACGACUUCGUCGGCGGGGGCGAGGAGGGCCGCGAGCGCCGGGAGGCCGCGCUCGUGCCGUGGACCGACGUGGACGCCGAGGAUCCCGACAUGUGCGCCCUCUGCUUCGUGCAGCUGACACGGUUCCAGGGCGACGGGGGCUACGCCGUGGGCGUGAGCUGCAGUCUGAUGCUGUGCGACCCGCUGGCGCUGGCGCGCUUCCUCCUGUCGUGGGCGCGCGUGCACGCCGAGAUCAAGGCCCGGGACAAGGCCGCCACCAUCCCGAUGAUGCAGUACGCGGGCUACUUCCAGAACCCGGGCACCAUGACCCGCCGCAUCAGGUCCGUCCCGCUCGACGCCUUUGCAGCCGCCGACGCCGCCGGCACCGAGACGGUGCUCUUCAGGGCCGCCGCCGGCGGCGGGGCGCUUGACCACCGAGCGCUCGCCAGGGCCUGCGUCGACGAGGCCAGCGAGAGGCUCGGCGCGGGCAAGGCGCCGCGGUCGUUCUCGCUCGUCGCCGUCGCCAGGGACGGCGUCGGGGGCAACCCGAGAGGGAUGACCGUGGAGACGUGCGCGGCGGGCGAUAGCCCGCCGGCGUCCGGGGGUUCCGGGCACGAGCUCGAGGUUGCGCAGUGGCAGGAACUCGGGCUCGAGGAGUUCGCGCUCAGGGAGAGCAAGCCCGUGCACGUGUCCUACAGCAUCGUGACCGGCGGCGACGAAGCGCUCGUCGUCGUGAUCCCCGACGGCAAAGGCUUCCUGGUCACGGCGACUGUCCCGAAAUAGACCGAGAAAUAAUCGGUUUUCGGUUAUUGUGAGGAAAACUUGAUUUCAUUUUAUUUGAUUAUUAGCUCUGCUGAUCAUUCUGUGGGCGACUGCUAGUACUACUGUAUGUACUUUUAUGGGAGUGACUGAGUGAUACUCUAUAUUGUUGUAUCCAAAAAUAAGGCAUCAAAAGUCAUUGGUACUUUCCCUUCUUUCAUAAAGAAAGAACAAAA